GAGGCAGGCGCAGGAUGGCUCAGGCUGCGGGGCAGCUCUUCCGCCGGCUCGGGGCGCUCAGCGGGGCUGCAGCGGUGGGGGCGGCCGCCUACGGGGCUCAUGGCUUCCGCCGCAGUGACCGAGACGACUACUUGAAAGAGCUCUAUGAAACGGCCAACAAGUACCACUUCCUGCAUAGCCUGGCGCUGCUGGCCGUCCCCCACUGCCGGUACCCCAUGGUGGCUGGAACCGUCCUCUCCACGGGUAUGGGGCUGUUUUGUGGGGCCAUCUAUUACCAUGCUCUGUCCGGAGACUCCACUUUUACCAGAAUGGCCCCCUACGGCGGAAGCCUUCUCAUCCUUGGCUGGAUCGCUAUGGCUCCCUGA